AAAAAAAGGGGUUAGCAAUUUACGGCAGAUGUACUGUGUGUUAUUCAUCAGAACGCAAAGAUUAACACAGAUAUUACAUUAUUUUGUUGAACAACUACCGAAAAUAUAUUUAUAGUUUCUAUUUAAUUAAUUAGCCAAUGUAUGUUUGCUCGGGAGCAUCCAAAGACAAUGGCAGGAGUAAUGGAAACAGAUGAGCAGGCGAGAAACCGCUUUCAGUCAGAGCUGGAGUUCAUACAGUGUUUGGCCAACCCGAAUUACUUGAAUUUCCUAGCCCAGAGAGGGUACCUUCGAGAGAAGCCGUUUGUAAACUAUCUGAAGUACUUACUCUACUGGAAAGAGCCCGAGUAUGCAAAGUUCCUCAAAUAUCCUCACUGUCUGCACAUGUUAGAACUGCUGCAGUACGAACACUUCCGGAAGGAGUUGGUAAAUGCCCAGUGUGCCAAGUUCAUCGACGAGCAGCAGCUGCUCCACUGGCAGCACUACUCCCGCAAGCGCACCCGCCUCCAGCAGGCCCUGGCAGAGCAGCAGCAGCAGCCGCCUCACGGCAACGCCACGGCCAAGUGAGGGGGUGAGGGGGUGAGGGAGUGUGUGUGUGUGUGUGAGAGAAAGAGAGAGAGAGAGAGAGAGAGAGAG